AUGGCACUUCGUGUUGCUGAUGCCGGGAAGUCGGACUGGCUCGGGGAGCUUAAGCUGGUGGGUCACGAGUACGAGUGUCUCGUGCCCUGGUAUGUCUGGCGAGUGGCAAUCGACACGGGCGAUGCCACGCGAAGCGCUGAGGUUGGCAUUGGCAUGAAUCAGUUCAACUCCGACUGUGGCUUGGCCGCACGUCGCCUGGAGCCUUUGCGUCAGUGGCUGCCAUGCCUGCGCCCCUAUGAGGUGUCCCAGUUGAGCGUGGUCGUAUUCUUCCUGGGACUUCUGAUUGCCAUAAGACUGCGCACACCGGCCUUCCUUUCAGCACCGCUCCUGUGCUUCAUCCCCAUGCUUCGCAUCUGUCCCGAACUACCACUUCUGCGGCCUGGAACAGGCAUGAGCAAAGGAGUCUCUGUGCUGCUGCGUUGCCUAGUUGCCUUAUGGAUUGUCUUGAUGGUCAUCUCGCGGUUACACCGGGCCCCAGGAGACGUGUCGAGCUGGUCGAGGUGGUCCCAGGGAACACACAUCUCAGCCAGUCCACCAGUCAAGCAACGUCCACCACCCAGCGCGCAGAGAUCCGAUCCCUGGAAGCUGCCGGAGCAUGACCUGUCCGCAUCCGAUUUCGAGGUGGACGAAGCGUGGAUUCCGACUCACAUAUCCCCGUGCUUCUUGGGGGAGUCUCGCUACGAGCCGCUCAACAUGCCCGGGCAGGGUCGCACACGCGUGCGCAAUCCAGCGGAGUGCCAGGCGCGGUGUGCCCGCACUCCUGGCUGCGCAUACUUCAGCAUGAUGACCACUCACAACGGCUUGAAAGGCUGCCACCUGCAGGAGUACCGCGCACGACUGAUCCGGGCACCUUCCGGUGCUGUGGCUGGUCCAGCGGAUUGUGAUCAAGAGGCACUUCUUGCAUCCGCACUUGGCGUGCAGUCGCCGGUGCCGAAGGCACCUGCCGCAGCCCAGCAGAAACCAACAUCUCCACAGGUGCGAGCACCUGAGCCUGCUCGGACUCGCCAGCAGGCCCCCACGCCACCGCCGCCACAGGCUUUGCAACGAGCGCGGCCGGCAGUCGUUGACGCACCCGGUCCUGCAUCGCCCAGGCCGCAGACGCCUGACCUGUGCUCAGAUGCAAGCCUUUCGGUACUCGUGUUGGGUCUCACUGCGACUACGGCAGUGUAUCUGAACACUGCAAGGUGA